GCCGAGCGGGCCGAGCGCGGCCGAGCAAAGCCGGAGCCGGAGCGGGGCCGCAAGAGCCGGAGCGGGUCCGGACGGGCCGAGAUGCCCUAUAAACUGAAGAAGGAGAAGGAGCCCCCCAAGCUUGCCAAAGGCGCGGCCAAGCCCAGCAGCUCGAGCAAGGAUGGUGGAGGCGAGAGCGCUGAGGAGGCCCAGCCCCAGCCUCAGCCGCAGCCGCCACCGCAGCCGCCACCGCAGCCGCCGUCAUCCAACAAGCGUCCCAGCAACAGCACGCCGCCCCCGACACAGCUCAGCAAAAUCAAGUACUCAGGGGGGCCCCAGAUUGUCAAGAAGGAGCGACGGCAAAGCUCCUCCCGCUUCAACCUCAGCAAGAACCGGGAGCUGCAGAAGCUUCCUGCCCUGAAAGACUCACCAACCCAGGAGCGGGAGGAGCUGUUUAUCCAGAAGCUACGCCAGUGCUGCGUCCUCUUUGACUUUGUGUCAGACCCACUCAGUGACCUCAAAUUCAAGGAGGUGAAGCGGGCGGGGCUCAACGAAAUGGUGGAGUACAUCACCCACAGCCGCGAUGUUGUCACCGAGGCCAUUUACCCUGAGGCCGUCACUAUGUUUUCAGUGAACCUCUUCCGGACGCUGCCACCUUCCUCAAAUCCCACUGGGGCCGAGUUUGACCCCGAGGAAGAUGAGCCCACCCUGGAGGCCGCCUGGCCGCAUCUCCAGCUCGUGUACGAGUUUUUCUUACGUUUCCUUGAGUCUCCCGAUUUCCAGCCAAACAUAGCCAAGAAGUACAUUGACCAGAAGUUUGUCCUUGCUCUCCUGGACCUGUUUGACAGUGAGGACCCUCGAGAGCGGGACUUCCUCAAGACCAUCUUGCAUCGCAUCUAUGGCAAGUUUUUGGGGCUCCGGGCUUAUAUCCGUAGGCAGAUCAACCACAUCUUCUACAGGUUCAUCUAUGAGACGGAGCAUCACAAUGGGAUUGCCGAGCUCCUGGAGAUCCUGGGCAGCAUCAUCAAUGGCUUUGCCUUGCCCCUGAAAGAAGAGCACAAGAUGUUCCUCAUCCGUGUCCUGCUUCCCCUUCACAAGGUCAAGUCUCUGAGUGUCUACCACCCUCAGCUGGCGUACUGUGUAGUACAAUUCCUGGAGAAGGAAAGCAGCCUCACUGAGCCGGUGAUCGUGGGCCUUCUCAAGUUCUGGCCCAAGACCCACAGCCCCAAGGAGGUGAUGUUCCUGAAUGAGCUAGAGGAGAUUCUGGAUGUCAUUGAACCUUCAGAGUUCAGCAAAGUGAUGGAACCACUCUUCCGCCAGCUUGCCAAGUGUGUCUCCAGCCCCCAUUUCCAGGUGGCAGAGCGUGCCCUCUAUUACUGGAACAACGAGUACAUCAUGAGCCUGAUAAGUGACAAUGCUGCCCGAGUCCUUCCCAUCAUGUUCCCUGCACUCUACAGGAACUCCAAGAGCCACUGGAACAAGACAAUCCACGGCCUGAUCUACAAUGCCCUGAAGCUGUUUAUGGAGAUGAAUCAGAAGCUGUUUGAUGACUGUACACAACAAUACAAGGCAGAGAAGCAGAAGGGCCGGUUCCGAAUGAAGGAGAGAGAAGAGAUGUGGCAAAGGAUUGAGGAGCUGGCUCGCCUUAACCCCCAGUAUCCCAUGUUCCGAGCGCCUCCACCACUGCCUCCUGUGUACUCGAUGGAGACGGAGACCCCCACGGCAGAGGACAUCCAGCUUCUGAAGAGAACGGUGGAGACAGAGGCCGUGCAGAUGCUAAAGGACAUCAAGAAGGAGAAAGUGCUGCUUCGGCGGAAGUCAGAGCUGCCUCAGGACGUGUACACCAUCAAGGCACUGGAGGCGCACAAGCGGGCGGAAGAGUUUCUAACUGCCAGCCAGGAGGCGCUCUGACCUCCUCACCCUCCCACCACAGGGCCACAGCCCACUCAGCCCUGGGACACUGCCCCAGCCCUCCACCUUCUGCUCCCCACUGGCUGACUUGGGGCAAGGCAGGGCCUCUCUGCUCUAGGGAGGGGGAUGAGGCACUUGAAGCGGGGACACCCGCAGAGUGGUCCCUCUUCUCCCCCGAAACGUGUUCAUGCCUCCCCGCGGCUAGUACAGACAGGCUGAGCGCGACAAUGCUCAGCGCUCAGACAACUUGGGGAUGCCUGGCCCCCUCCUGCUCCUUAUCCCACAGCUGCCUGCGGCUGCUCUGAGAAAUACACACGGGAAUAACGUGCUCCUCUCCUCUCCCCUGCAGCCCCGGUUGAACUCCGGGUGUCUCCUCCCUGUCUCCCGCUCCCCUGCAGCCCCGGUUGAACUCCAGGUGUCUCCUCCCUGUCUCCCGCUCCCCUGCAGCCCCGGUUGAACUCCGGGUGUCUCCUCCCUGUCUCCCGCCCCUGCAGCAUACAGGGAGCAGCAGGAGAUGACUCUCACCGAAGUUAUGUCAAACCCCACUGGCCCCUGGAAUGAAUUAGCUGGAGGGGAGCCGACCCCCAACAGCACAAAUAGGCCCCCAGCCCCAGCAGUGUGCAGGCUGAUGGGGCUGCAUUAUUGCCUCUUACCCCUGCCUGAUCAAGACAACAUAGGAGAGCAAAAGGAGAAAAGCAUAGGCUUUGGACAGUAGGUAAUGAAUAUAGGGCCCAGAUGGACCAAGAGAAGGGGAUGAACAAACACCCUACCCUGUACCCCCUCUUUGGUGAGCAGCAGUCCUGGGAUCACUGACAUGGAAGGGACCAUCCUGGGGCUGACUGCUUUCCUGUGCUGUUGGUCCCCAAAGCUAGGAAGAAGGAAGCAGGGGGGAGUGCCCUAAGCAUGGCUCCCCCCAACACCUAUUUAUUUCCCUGUUUGUGCUGAUGCUGGGCAGGCUCUCACUUGUCCCUUUCAGGAAACUUGGAGGGGCGAGGGGCUGGGGGGGGGCCGGACCCGGGUUCCAGGGGCACAGGCAGUGCAGCUUUUGGCUGUGUACAUAGGGUGCUUUAUUCCCCACAAAGUGAUACAUGCUAAGGUGGGUUGGGCUUGGACCGUUGUCCCCAUAUGUACAGAACUGAAUAAAGUGGGUCUCUGAGAA